AGAAAGGUCAUGAAUAAGUCGAGAAAUAAGUUGCUCGAUGGCUUUUUUAAACGCAAAACCCUGCUGAAAGUUGUGUUUGGUGCCUUGAUCUUGAUGGUUGUGUUAUACUUCAUGUCAGGUCUACUAUUUGGUCGAAGAAAAAACACUACUGGCAGCCCUGGGUCUGAAGUUAGGACAAGUGAUAAUGAGGAAAAUCAUGAUAUUCCAAUGGAAAAUUUGUAUUAUCCCAAGAGACCUGAAGACUUAUGGUUUAAACUUAGCAAACCAUUUGUUAUCAGACGUCUUGGAUACUUUGAUUCUCGUCGUGAAUCUGAAGUUUCUAUUGUAUUUAUUACAAUGCAUGAUGACUGGACUAUUUCAAAACCAAAGCUAUAUGCAUCUCUCGUAUACAAGAAUAAGAGAACUAUUGCAUGCCUUGAGUUAGAAGAAUGGGCAGUUGCAGGCAAAAUGAAAUUAAAAACAUAUGAAUAUUAUGUGACUUACGUAUACAGAACAAAGAUUAAGAGUAUUCCUACUGAUGAAGCCCCACUGUGUGCUAAGGUUGGGUUAACCUGCACAGGACCAAUGGCAAGCAUACCUAUACGAGACAGUAAGCCUGAAAAACACUUGACGUAUGGAGUAUGUCUCCACCAAGGACUAUAUGGCUCAAACAAUUCCCAGUUAUUAAUUGACUGGAUUGAACUCAAUAUAGCAUUAGGAGCAGAAAUUAUAACUGUAUACUUUCAAGAUGUUCCAGACUCUUACUAUAAUGCUACGUUGCCUUAUAUUUAAAAAGGCAUAGUGGAAGUGCUGGAUUGGGGACUGAAGCCACCAUUAAUACCUGGCUAUACACGAGCCUGGGGACAGACUGGAUUAGUCAAUGAAUGUAUAUAUCGUAACUUAUACAGAGUCAAGUAUCUUGCAUUAAUGGACGUCGAUGAAUUUUUCAUUCCUAGCAAGAGGUAUACUGUUGUCAAAAUGUUGAAAGAUAUUUUGAAGUCAAAAAAGGCUCAGAAGGCGGCUUCAUUUAUACUUUAUAACACUUGGUUUUACGAUGAUGGUACCAGCUUGCCUGAAGUUGCUACAGCAACAAAGUGCAUCAAUAAAUCAUGGCCUCGAUACUUUACUUUCACUCAGAGGGCUUCUGAUCCAGUAGAACAGCACAAGCAUUAUAAAUAUCACAAGAUGAUAGUUAAAACAAAAGCUGUUAUCGGUGCUAGAUACCACUGGCCAAUUAAAGUUUUCAAAAGUUACAGUAAAUGGUAUCGUGUACCACCCAAAUAUGGCCUAUUACACCAUUAUCGUGUACCAGCAAAGAAAGAUGUAGAAACUACACAAUCUUUUAUUAUGAGCAGGUAUUUCGAUGCAAUAGUAAAACAUUUAAUGAAAUGCCAAAAAUAAAAAUUUUAUAAUUACUUUUUAUAAUCAAUCAUAAAAGAUAUUCAUAAAAAUGGAUGUAGUAGAUCUAAGGGAUUUAUUUUUGAAUUAAAAGAAUGCAAAUCCUUCACAGCCGU